GAUUCUCAGCACUGCAGAUGUGAGGGUGAACGUGUCCUGGAUAUGACUGGCGGCAAGCCUUUCCUCCGUCUCCUCACAGGAUGGACCUGACAGCUUAUGCUGAGCUGUUGAAAGAAUCUGGCAACCAGGUUCUUAAGAGUGGGAACUUCUCUUUGGCCAUCAGAAAGUAUGAUGAAGCCAUCCAGAUUCUCCUGCAGUUAUACCAGUGGGGGGUUCCCCCGAGGGACUUGGCUGUGCUGCUAUGCAACAAAUCCAAUGCAUUUUAUAGCCUUGGGAAGUGGAAUGAGGCAUUUGUUGCUGCCAAAGAAUGUCUCCAGUGGGAUCCAACCUAUGUGAAGGGAUACUACCGCGCUGGUUAUUCCUUGCUGAGAUUGCUCCAGCCUUAUGAAGCUGCUCGCAUGUUUUUUGAGGGUCUGCGACUUCUUCAGAACAGUCACGAUCAGACACAGGUUGCUGAUUUCCUUGUUGGAGUCUUCACCACUAUUAGUGGUGACUCCAUUGUUUUGCAAAGUUUCUUGCCCUGCUUUGAUCAUAUUUUCACAAAUGGAUUCUCAACAGAAGUGUGGCAAUCUGUAAUAGAAAAGUUGGCAAAGAAAGGAUUAUGGCAUUCAUUUCUACUUCUGUCAGCAAAAAAAGACCGACUACCAAGAAAUAUCCAUGUCCCAGAGUUAUCACUGAGAAGUCUCUUUGAGAAAUAUGUCUUCAUUGGAGUUUAUGAAAAAAUGGAACAUGUUCCUAAGUUAGUCCAGUGGCUCAUCUCCAUUGGUGCAAGUAUUGAGACUAUAGGACCAUACCCUCUUCAUGCCCUCAUGAGACUCUGUAUUCAAGCGAGGGAAAACCAUCUUUUCAAGUGGUUAAUGGACCACAAACCUGAGUGGAAAGGCCGCAUCAACCAGAAGGAUGAGGAUGGAUGUACUGUCCUACAUGUCGUUGCCGCCCACUCCCCAGGAUACCUUAUCAAGCGACAAACAGAGGACGUGCAGAUGCUCCUGCGCUUUGGAGCAGAUCCCACUUUGCUGGAUCGACAGUCUCGGUCCGCUGUGGAUGUCCUGAAGAGGAAUAAGAACUUCAAAGCUAUCGAAAAAAUCAACAAUCACUUGGAAAAGCUGGCUACGUGUUCUAAGGACUUAACAGAAAUUCCUCCUGACCUAGUCUGUGACAUUAAUCGAGACUGUGCCAACACCUUCAUUAAGUUCUUACUGGAAAAACAGAAAUGGCCUGAAGUACUUCUGCUACUGACCCGCAAAGUAAGUGGGGAGCCACCGCUCGGAGACUGCCUCAUCCAAGAUUGCAGCUUCUCAGACCUAGACAUCUGUACCAUCAUCCCUCACCUCAGUGCCUGGGACCAGCGGAAGACUCAGCUCCUGGGAUGCCUGAUAGACGGUGGAGCCUUGCCUGAGGGUCUUCAGGAGAGUCAGGAGAGACCACUUGUUAUGUGCCUGAAACACAAGGACUUUGAGUUGGCUUUUCUUCUCCUGACCAAGGGUGCAGACCCCCGUAGUAUUUCUCUCACAGAAGGUGAUACUCCUUUGCAUGCAGCACUCCAUAUCUUUCUAGAUAUUAAAGCUGACAUCGGUUUUAGCUUUCUCAGUCAUCUGUUGGAUCUGUUCUGGUCCAACCCCACUGAAUUUGACUACCUCAACCCCAACAUCCAGGAUAGCAAUGGAAACACACUGAUGCACAUCCUCUUUCAGAAAGGCAUGCUAAGACGCAUGAAGAAGCUGAUAGACCUGCUGGUAAAGUUUGACAUCAAUUUCAACCUGAAGAACAAAGAAGGCAAAGAUGCCCGGCACCGGAUUAAGAAAACUGACUCUCUGCUUUUGGCCUGGAACAAAGCUCUGACAGAGAAUAGGCGGAGAAGUCGACAGGACUCUGCCACCCACCCAGGGAAACCCCCAAGGUCUUCUGCCUCUGGUCAUACAUCUCAGCUCAAAUCUCAGAGUUCAUUCAAGUCACUGCCUUGCAGCACCACUGCCAGAAGCUUGUGUGAAGGAAGUGCAGUCCCUGAUAGCUGGGAGACUCUCCCAGAUGCCCAGGUGACCAGGCAGGAGCCCAAGGUCAUCAGACCACGCUCUCUGAGAGAGCGCCUAGUGCAGGACAUCACAGUUUUGAUUCAGCAGGUUGAAGUGGAUACAUCUCUCCCAGAGGACUGUCUCCAGAGCUCUGAGCCCCAAGAGGCAGUAGCUGGCACAGAAGGAAAGAAAGAUGAGCUCCAGCAAACCUUGGGUGCUGGAGGUUCUGACUGUAGUGGGAAAAAGCCUGCCAUCCCUGAGGCAGGGGAAAGACAUGCUCAGGUAGGCCCUAGGGCCUCACAGCUUGCUCCUCCUGGUGACAGAGGGAAGGAGGGUAGCAAUGAUGAGGAUGACUGGAGCAUGCAGGAGAUUGAGGCUUGCCUUCAGGACUUUGACAGUAUGACCUGGGAGAUUGAGUGUACUUCAGAAAUGCUGAAGAAGCUGUCCAGUAAGGUAAUGACCAAGGUCAUAAAGAAGAAAAUUAUCCUUGCCAUUCAGCAGCUGGGAAAUGGUGAGUGGACCCAGGGCCUACAGAAACGAUUGAAGCACCUGAAAGGAAACAUCCAGCUUUUUGAAGCUAAGCUGGACAAAGGAGCCCGGAUGCUGUGGGAACUCGCCAUUGACUUCUCCCCUCGAUGUAGUGAGAACCCAGAGAAAAUCAUCAACACAGAGUGGAACACGUACUCCAUGGAGAAAUCAGGCCGAGUCUACACAGAAAUCAUCCGGAUUUGGGAUAUUGUCUUAGAUCAUUGCAAACUGGCAGAUUCCAUUAAGGCCAUUUGCAGUGCCUAUAACCGGGGCUUGUCCUGUGUCCUGAGGAAGAAGCUGAAAGGUAUCAACAAAGGCCAGGUAUCAGCUAAUAUGAAAAUCCAAAAGCGUAUACCCUGCUGCUAUGUGGAGGACACAGAGGCAGAGAAGAGCAUGGAGCAUGUCAAUCCCGAGUACUUUCCUCCAGCCAGUGCCGUGGAGACAGAAUAUAACAUCAUGAAGUUCCACAGCUUCAGCACCAAUAUGGCUUUCAAUAUUCUCAAUGACAUGACAGCGACAGUGGAGUAUCCCUUCCGGGUGGGUGAGCUAGAGUAUGCAGUAAUUGACCUUAACCCCAGGCCGUUAGAGCCCAUCAUCCUCAUUGGGCGGAGUGGCACUGGAAAAACAACCUGUUGUCUAUACCGGUUGUGGAAAAAAUUCCACGUUUACUGGGAAAAGGCUGAGCAGGCAGGAAGCCCGUUACUGGCCAAACAGAUAUGGCCAAAGAGAAGGUUGGAAGUGGAACCUGGAAAAGAGGGUCCAAGUGGGAAGGAGGAAAAGGUGAAGGAACAAGAUGAAGAAGAGGAAUGUUCCAUUGAAGUGGAAACAGUAGACAGCAUAGAUGAAGAGCAGGAGAGUGCAGCCUGUGCGGGGGGAGCUGCCGUGGAGCCAGUGAGAGUCAGCCAAGCAGCAGAACUAUGUGCACCAGGACAUCCCCACCAGCUGGAGCAUUUACGUCAGAUCUUUGUGACCAAGAAUCACGUCUUGUGCCAGGAGGUACAAAGGAAUUUCAUUGAACUUUCUAAGUCUACUAAGGCAACCAGUCACUAUAAACCACUAGAACCAAACAUUCACAAACUCCAGGACCUAAAGGAUGAGAACUUUCCUCUAUUUGUCACUUCCAAACAGCUUCUUCUCCUGCUUGAUGCUUCUCUGCCAAAACCAUUUUUUCUGAGAAAUGAAGAUGGGAGCUUGAAAAGAACCAUUGUAGGAUGGUCCACACAGGAAGAGUUGAUUGUCCCCAACUGGCAAGAGGAUGAAGAGGAGACUGAGGUGGAUGGGGACUGCAGUGAAGAGGAUAAAGCUGCAGAAAUGCAUGCAGGUGACAGUGACCCCCGGGUAUACGUGACAUUUGAGGUGUUUACCAAUGAAAUAUGGCCCAAAAUGAUCAAAGGGAAGACCUCCUACAACCCUGCACUGAUUUGGAAAGAAAUAAAAUCUUUUCUGAAGGGUUCUUUUGAGGCCCUCAGCUGUCCCCAGGGGAGACUCACUGAAGAAGCGUAUAAGAAAUUAGGGAGGAAACGCUCUCCUAAUUUCAAGGAAGACCGAAGUGAAAUAUAUAGCCUCUUUUGUGUAUAUCAGCAAAUCAGGUCCCAGAAAGGUUAUUUUGAUGAAGAAGAUGUUCUGUACAACCUAUCCUGGAGGCUGUCAAAGCUCAGGGUACUGCCAUGGUCCAUCCACGAGCUCUAUGGUGAUGAGAUUCAGGACUUCACCCAAGCUGAGCUAGCACUGCUGAUGAAAUGCAUCAAUGAUCCCAAUGCCAUGUUCCUCACUGGUGACACAGCUCAGAGCAUCAUGAAGGGUGUGGCCUUCCGAUUUAGCGAUCUGCGCUCUCUGUUUCACUACGCAAGCAGAAAUAGCAUAGACAAGCAAUAUGCUGUUCGAAAGCCCAAGAAAAUACACCAGCUGUACCAGAAUUACAGGUCCCACUCAGGAAUCCUUAAUCUGGCAUCUGGAGUAGUAGACUUACUUCAGUUCUAUUUCCCAGAAUCUUUUGAUCGCCUUCCAAGGGAUUCUGGCCUCUUUGAUGGUCCCAAACCAAUUGUCCUAGAGUCUUGUAGUGUAAGUGACUUGGCAAUUUUGCUACGAGGGAAUAAAAGGAAAACCCAGCCCAUUGAAUUUGGCGCCCACCAGGUAAUCCUUGUAGCCAAUGAGACAGCAAAAGAAAAUAUUCCAGAAGAAUUAGGGUUAGCACUUGUGCUAACAGUUUAUGAAGCAAAAGGAUUAGAAUUUGACGAUGUCCUUCUUUACAACUUUUUUACUGAUUCUGAGGCUUACAAGGAAUGGAAGAUCAUUUCCUCAUUUACACCUUCAUCAUCUGACUCCAGAGAGGAAAAUCGGCCAUUGGUUGAAGUGCCCCUGGAGAAGCUGAGCUCUUCUCAAAGUCGGUCUCUCAUGGUGAAUCCAGAAAUGUACAAGCUCCUCAAUGGAGAGCUGAAGCAGCUAUAUACUGCCAUAACACGGGCUCGUGUCAACCUCUGGAUUUUUGAUGAAAACAGAGAGAAACGGGCUCCUGCAUUCAAAUAUUUCAUUGGAAGAGAUUUUGUUCAAGUUGUGAAGACAGAUGAAAAUAAAGACUUUGAUGACAGCAUGUUUGUUAAGACCUCAACUCCUGAGGAGUGGAUUGCACAAGGAGAAUACUAUGCCAAGCACCAGUGCUGGAAGGUUGCAGCCAAGUGUUACCAGAAAGGAGGUGCAUUUGAGAAGGAGAAGUUGGCCCUGGCCCACCACACUGCCCUGAACAUGAAAUCCAAGAAAGUCAGCCCCAAGGAAAAGGAGUUGGAGUAUUUGGAACUGGCAAAAACCUAUUUGGAGUGCAAUGAACCAAAGCUGUCCCUUAAGUGUCUGAGCUAUGCCAAGGAGUUCCAGCUGUCUGCCCAGCUGUGUGAGAGGCUGGGGAAGAUAAGAGAUGCUGCCUAUUUCUAUAAGCGAAGCCAAUGCUACAAAGAUGCUUCCAGAUGCUUUGAGCAGAUUCAAGAAUUUGAUCUAGCACUCAAAAUGUACUGCCAAAAGGAGCUUUUUGAAGAAGCCGCUAUUGCAGUGGAAAAGUAUGAAGAAAUACUAAAGACCAAAGCUCUUCCCAUUUCUAAGCUCUCUUAUUCUGCGAGUCAGUUUUACUUAGAAGCCGCAGCAAAGUACCUGAGUGCAAAUAAGAUAAAGGAAAUGAUGGCUGUCCUCUCAAAGCUAGACAUAGAUGACCAGCUAGUGUUCCUAAAGUCUCGGAAAUGCCUAGCAGAAGCCGCAGACUUGCUAAACAGGGAAGGUCGGAGGGAAGAGGCUGCUCUGCUGAUGAAGCAACAUGGCUGCCUCCUGGAGGCUGCUAGGCUUACUGUUGACAAGGACUUUCAGGCCUCAUGUCUGCUGGGGGCUGCUCGCCUCAAUGUGGCCAGGGAUUCCGACGUGGAACAUACCAAGGCCAUUCUAAAAGAAGCGCUUGACCUCUGCUAUCAAACCAGCCAGUUGUCUGGUAUUGCGGAGGCCCAGUUCCUGCAGGGAGUAAUCCUGAGAGACUUUCAGAAACUCAAGGAUGCCUUUUUCAAAUUUGACACCCUCAAUCACUCAGCUGGAGUGGUGGAAGCACUUUAUGAAGCAGCCACCCAGUGUGAGGCUGAGCCUGAGAAGGUUCUGGCCUUGGCUCCGGGGGGCUUGGAAGUCCUUCUCAAUCUGGUCAGGGCCCUAAAAAGAGUGACUAACAAUGCUGAGAAAGAAAUGGUCAAAUCUUGCUUUGAGUUUUUUGGGAUUUCCCAGGUGGAUGCCAAGUAUUGCCAGAUAGCUCAAAAUGACCCUGGGCCCAUAUUAAGAAUAAUUUUUGACCUGGAUUUAAACUUGAGAGAGAAGAAAACAAAAGAUCAUUUCUUGAUAAUGACUGACCAGGUGAAAUUAGCCCUAAAUAAACACCUUUUAAGCAGGCUGUGCCAAAUUACACAGAACUUGCUUGGAAAGACUUACCCAGCAGUCUGCACAAGGUUUCUUGUAGGCUUAAAAUGUGAAGAGGAAAACUGUGAAGCUUUUCACAGGCCUCUGCGGCGUUGUGAGGCUAAGUGUUUGGUUCAGUCAAAAAUGCACCUUGUGGCAAUUAGCGGAUUGCUUCUAGAAGCCAAAAAAGUAUUCCCUAAAAUUUUAGCUGAAGAACUUGAAGAAAUUGACUAUAUUUUGUCUACAGAUAGGUAUGACAUUUGCAAAUCCUUCCUGAAUGUCCUCUUCCCUAAGCAUUUUCAUCAGAGAGUAUUGUCAGAAAACCCCAUGGCAUGCAAAGAAAUCCUCAAACCAAAUUACAAAUCCUUCCGGUUCUAUAGGUUUGCUUUGAAAGAGUAUAUCUACUUUCUGUUUCAAAAUGAAAGGGCACGCAGCCGCCGGGAAUCCACAGACCUGUGGCUGAGUGCCAUGCAAGCUUUCCUUCUUUCCUCCAACUACCCAGAGGAGUUUGAAAAGCUGCUUCACCAAGAGGAGGACAAUUACAACAGGGAGCUCAAAGCUCUAGAGUCUGAAAAAGAAGAAAGGGGCAGGGAUAGAGACAGCAGGAUGAAAGGAAUAGAAGGGAAAUACGGUAUGCUCAUACCCAACAAGGACGAUGAAAGUACAGAGAAGACCCACCUUUGUUUCAUCCGGCUGCUAGAGAAUUGCAUCGACCAGUUCUAUGUGUACAGAAACCCAGAAGACUACAAGAGGCUCUUUUUCCGUUUCAUGAAUGUUCUUGUCAAGAGGUGCAAAGAACCGCUCAUCCCCAGCAUUGGAAACACAGUGGCCCUGUUGGAGUUCCAGUUCAUCCACUGUGGGGUAGUGCUAGCCCGCCUCUGGAAGAAUGCCAUCCUGUGCCUCCCCAAGAGUUACAUUGCACUCUUGCACUACUGGGAGUUCCUAUUCAGCAAGAAGGACAAGGAGUUUGGGGAUGUGUUCUCUGUCAUUCAGGAAUACAAACCAAAGGAUGUGACAAGAGCCAUUCAGGAUUUCCGGUUUCACCUCUCCUAUCUCGUCAAGGUGCUAUGUGGUUAUGAGAAUAUGCACUUCAAUGUCCUACUUGAUGCCUUCAGUGAAAUAGACUGUGUUGUCUCAGGUGAGGCAGAGCGGACAGUGGUGCUGUGCUUGGUGAUGCUAGUGAAUGCUGAGUUCCUACGGCCAUCCUGCAAGCCUCUCCUAUACCGCCAUUUUCAGGAGAUUGAGAUGAGGCUGGAGCUCAUGAACAUGGACUUCCCAGACCAGGUUCCCGAGAGGCUCCUGAAGGUGGUGAGGAGGGUGUUGAUGGCAGUCAACGUGAAGUCUGUGGCUGAGGCACUGCAGGACCUGCUCUUUGAGCGGGAUGAAGAGUACCUGAUGGACUGCCACUGGCGAUGGGACAGCAUGCAAACCAAAGGAUCCAUGGUCCGUGGCCUCUAUCAUGAGGAGGUCAGACUGAAUCGCUUGCUCUGUGUGGAUCCUAUGGACUACUUAGCCGAACCCGAGUGUGAGUUUGGUCAAGAUGAGACAGAUGAGCUGGCAUUAGAAGACCGAGACCACCUCCUGGCCACCAUCCUUUCCCAGAAGCAGCGGAAGGCUUCUAUCCAGCGGAAGUUGAAGAGGGCAUGUCUGGUGGUGUCUCUGUGUAUUAGCUGGAGGAGAAGGGUGGGCACCCAGAUGGAGCACUUCAGGGAGGAGGCCAGGGAGCCCAGGGCUGGGAAUUUUAAAAGGGCUGAUGUGGAUAGGACUCAGUGUGACCUCUGUGGGGUGAAGUUCACCCGCAGCCCUGAGAACUAUUUCAGCUCCAGCAAAGCAUUUGAAGGAGUGGCUUCAGAGGGUGUGGUCCUUUGCAGGUCUGAGCUGGAAGGAAAAGAGUGUCGGGAGAGGAACAGUGAUUCGUAUGAGCAGCAUAUCCAUCUAGAAGGCCACCGAAGGCAGCAAGUGGCCUACCAGAAAUAUUCAGAAUUUUUCCUCGAGAAGGUAGACCCAGCCAUUGAAGAAGGAAAAUUGGUGGUGCAGGACAUCGAACAGAGUGUGUGGAUCCACAGUCACCUGGGCUCUAAAGAGCAUAGCCACAUGUUGCAGAGGAAGGUCCAAGAGCACAUCAAAAGGGUCUCCGAUAUGGUAGAGGAUCUCUAUAGGCGGAAGGCCUGGGCUGGUGCGGAAGAGGCGAUGACUCGGCUGGUCAACAUUCUUAUCCUGUCAGUCAGGGAUGCACGGGAGUGGCUGAUGAAAACAGAACUCUGCUUAAAGGAGGAAGGUAUUGUUCAGGAAGAUGAUUAUGAAGAUGAAGUUGAAGACUUUGGUGAGCUCCGUCCUAGAAGGCGUUCACGGAAAUACGGAAAGCAGAGAAAAUACUAACGUCCAGGACAUGACACAGCUGCUGUCUGUUAAACCUUCAGACUAUUCCAUCCUGACUUAGAAUUCUGAUGCUGGCUUAGAAGAGAAAAAUAAUGUGAAUUAGCAUUACAAAAAUGAGUAGGGGAGUCCAACAAAGCCUUGCUUUUUGUUCUUUUCAUUUGUCUUUCAAUGGUAGCUUACAGUCUGAUUGCUCCCUCAACUGCAGGGACCUCUUAAGUGUUUUCCAAGUAAAGUCUAACAGUAUUAGUUCCUCCUGAAAAACAUGUUUGGGUUAGAGGAGUUGUAGUUGACUGUUGGGACUUGUUAUUGCAGAGUCCCCAGGCUUUCUGGCUCAUCCUCAAACUGACAUAAGUCAGUAGCAGGGGCCUAGGUGUUUAAGACAGAGACAUCCCUCAGCUCACAGAUGCUGCUGCUCUGGGCCAGGAAGUCCCUCUAUGGACCCUUCAUCUCCUGCCACACUGCUGCAGCAUUAAGUAGUACAAGAGCUGUGUGUGCUCGGGGUCUACAUGAGCCCUGGUAACAGGGCAACCCCUGAUAUCAGGCUGCAUCUGGUUAUCUCUACAUUUGUAAUGUAGUUAUUUCCAUUAUGAAUGUUAACCAUUUCUCCCUGUGGCAACUUUUCUGCCUUCUUUUCCUCCAUUUUUUGUGACCAUUCUUAGCAACCUGUGUAAGUAACAGUUAGACUACCUCAGAAUGUAGUCAAGAAUUUGCCCAGCAUCCUUUGGAUGUCCUUUCCCUAGAGAGAAAUGCGGGGGAAUAUUGCUGGGGGCAUUCCCAACAUGUCUCUCCAAGGUGGUCCUAACUCUGCCUUGGCUAUGGUGCAGACAUCCCGAAAAGUAUUUUGUGUGUAGCCUUAUAUUUCUAGUUUUCUUGGUUUUCCCUGGCAAGUUUGCCACCAAAGCUUAGAUUGACAUUCUGAGAGUUUCUACCCACUGAGCUCACCAUGGUAGGAUUAUAACCAGCAGAGCUAUAGGUUAGUUAAAAGCACGUGGACAGAGGAGGAAGCCAGCCUUAUAGUGCCAAUCCUUUAGGAUUUGGCUGUGAAUCACUGCCACGUGGCUGGCUCAGUGGGUAGAGGCCAGGCUGUGGGCCUUUCUGCAGGAGGCCAUUGCUUGUGCCUUCCACCACUGAGCCAGCAGCCCUCAGUGUGGUCCUACUUGGGAAGCUCUCUUGCUUCUCUAGAGUCACUGCCCACCCUUAUCCCCCUUCACUCAGCCUGGUAUUCCCUUAUAGGGAAAGGCCAGAUUCACUCUGGUCUUUGAUUGUUUUGUCUUCACAACAGAACUACCACCUUUUUCUCCAUGUUGCUGCUGCUUUUGCUGCUUAUUGUUUUCAUUAUCCUUCUGAAUGACUCUGCUCCCUUAAAAUGUUUGUUUCUGAUUUUUAUUUUAGGUGUUUUUUUUAUGAACUUGAUAGAACAAAUAAGAAAACUACAAUCAAAUCUUGCUGUAUUAUUACAUUUUUAUAAAGUAAAAUCAUUUUUCACCUGUUGCUACUGUUUUGUUUAUUUUCAAUCUCUACUCAGA